CUGGCAGCGCUGUGGUAGUAGUCGGUGAGGAGCGAGCUCACCUAGAGGCGGUGCGGUGUUACUCUGCGGCGGACUACGAGCCCGUUCUCAAUGUGCUUGUGUGACAGGACCCUCUGCCUCAGACAGUGAACGAGUAAUUAAUGACUGAAGCGUCUUGAGGUAGAAGAUCCCAUUAUCUGCCUAUGGCAAUGGAGCAGAAAGUCAGUAAGCUCACUUAUGGGUGUCAGCGAAGCUCCACAUCGGAUGACGAUUCUGGUUGUGCCAUGGAGGAGUACACUUGGGUUCCACCAGGUCUUCGCCCUGAACAGGUUCAGUUAUAUUUUGCUUGUUUGCCGGAAGAAAAAGUCCCGUAUGUGAACAGUGUAGGAGAAAAGUUUCGCAUCAAGCAGCUCCUCUAUCAGCUUCCCCCACACGAUAACGAGGUCCGUUAUUGCCAGUCAUUAAGUGAAGAAGAGAAGAAGGAACUGAUAUUGUUCAGCACCCAGCGGAAAAAGGAGGCCCUUGGGAGAGGCAAUAUUAAAACCUUGUCAAGGGCGGUGAUGCAUGCUGUCUGUGAGCAGUGCAGCGAAAAGAUUAAUGGAGGUGAAAUAGCCAUUUUUGUUUCGAGGGCAGGUCCUGGGGUAUGCUGGCACCCAUCGUGUUUUGCAUGUUCCACGUGUAACGAACUACUGGUCGAUCUGAUAUACUUCUACCAAGAUGGAAAAAUACACUGUGGUCGGCACCACGCUGAACUGCUUAAACCAAGAUGCUCAGCAUGUGAUGAGAUUAUAUUUGCUGAUGAGUGCACCGAAGCUGAGGGGCGUCACUGGCAUAUGAAGCAUUUUUGUUGCUAUGAGUGUGAGACCGUGCUUGGAGGACAGAGAUACAUCAUGAAAGAUGGCCGUCCCUUCUGUUGUGGCUGCUUUGAAUCCCAUUAUGCAGAAUACUGUGAAUCCUGUGGAGAGCAUAUAGGUGUUGACCAUGCCCAGAUGACCUAUGAUGGCCAGCACUGGCACGCAACAGAAAUCUGUUUUUCUUGUGCACAGUGCAAAGUUUCCCUACUUGGAUGCCCCUUUCUGCCAAAAAAGGGCCGAAUCUAUUGCUCAAAGAUCUGUAGUUUGGGAGAAGAUGUUCAUGCUUCUGAUUCUUCUGACUCAGCAUUUCAGUCUGCUAGAUCUAGAGAAUCCAGAAGAAGCGUAAGAAUGGGAAAGAGCAGCAGAUCUGCAGAUCAGUGUCGACAGUCGCUCUUGCUGUCUCCAGCAUUGAAUUACAAGUUCCCAGGACUGUCUGGUAAUGCUGAUGACACACUGUCUCGUAAGAUGGAUGACCUUGGCUUAUCAAGGCAAGGUGCCAGUUUUGAUGAUAGUGACUUUUGGAAAGGAAGAGAUGAGCAGGAGACUCCAGAGGAUCAUGAAGAAUGGGCUGAGCAUGAUGACUACAUGACCCAGUUGCUUAUAAAGUUUGGCGAGAAAGGACUCUUCCAGCAGCCCACUGAAGAUAAUCGAUCUAGUGAACAAUGGAUGUCAGAAAAUGUCAAAAUCUGUAGUGACCUUAAAAGAGCUGGGCGCAACCAGAGUUUGGCAAGUAAAAAGUAUCAGACUGAUAUGUACUGGGCACAGUCACAAGAUGGUCUUGGAGACUCUGCUUACGGCAGCCACCCAGGGCCAGCAAGCAGCAGAAAGAUACAAGAAUUAGACUUGGAUCAUGGAACAUCUGGUUACAAACAUGACAAGAUACCAUGGUACAAAGACUCAUUGGAAUGUUUGUCUGAUGAUCUAAAACCACAACUUGAAAACAUAUGUAACUCUAUGGAUUCGCUAGCAUUGUCCAAUAUAACAGGAGCAUCAAAUGAUGGGGAUAGUAAAACACGCCCUUCACACUUCUCUUAUCCAAAUUUUCAAGACUUGGACACAAGAGACUGUGAGAAAAUGAGCAACAUGGGAACUCUUAAUUCUUCCAUGAUGAACAGGAGUUCUGAAUCUUUGAAAAGUCUAAAUUUGGAAAUUUGCCAGGAAAAGCCACUUCCAGAAGAAAAACCUGUUCACAUGUCUGCCCUGAGAAGGUCAAAAUCACAGACAAGACCACAAGUCAAAUUUUCAGAUGAUGUAAUUGAUAAUGGAGAUUAUGGCAGCAUUGAAAUCCGACAGCCUCCCAUGAGUGAGAGAAGUCGGAGAAGGGUUUAUCAUAUGCAGGAACGCGGUGAGAGACCUCGUCAUCAUCAUAGGCGUAGGAAAAGCAGAAAAUCUCGCUCUGAAAAUGCACUUAAUCUUGCAGCAGACCAAAAAGUACCUGGACGUGAGAAACCCAGAUGUUACACUUCAGAGGAUUAUGACCGAGUCUUUCAGAACAAAUCCCCUCAAGAACUUCAGGCGUACAUUCAGAACAGUGAACUUUUUGGACAGUAUGCAAAUGCCGCUUCAGACUAUGGAUUGCAAAGCCAAAUUAUGGAUAAGUUUUUGGGUCUUUAUGGUGAGGAUGAUGACUCUUGGUGUUCAACAUGUUCCUCAUCCUCCUCUGACUCAGAAGAGGAGGGAUAUUUUCUUGGACAGCCUAUUCCGCGGCCACAAAGAUAUCAGUAUUUUACAGAUGACUUGCCCAGUCCCACAUCUGCACUAUCUAGUAGUCAUUUUGGCCAAAGGACCACUAAAUCCAAAAAGAAGGGACGCAAAGGCAAAAACUGUAUUAUUUCCUAAGACUUGUAGGCAUCUUUACUUUCAUUCCUGUGAAGACAAUGCAUUGACAUGCUCAAUCCACAGAGACUCUUUCCUUUUCUAGCUCUGCUAUUUGCUAACAUGUCGUCUUUUUUUAAUGCUUUGCCAUUUGUACCAAAACAGGCCGGCUGGUGUUUGCAAUGUGUAAUUGAGGAUUUUGUGUGUAGCAGAUUAUUUGCUUAAAUGAUCACAGGUUUACAGUUCAGGUUUGCUUUGUUUUAUUGCUUUGCACACAAUACUGAAAUUAGAAUUUAGCCUGUGCACCAUAUGCUUAGCAUGCAAGUGGUCUAGAUACAUCAGACUUGCUAACUCUGAGCUCUCGGUCAGUCACAUAUAACAUUUCCCAUCGUACCUUACAAUGGUCAUUUACUUUUGAAUAUGAUCUCUUUUCAUAUGAAUGAGGCUUGUUUGCUCCUAGCAGUUAGUAUUUUGCACUCCUUUAGUCACAGAUGUGUCUAUGUACCAUUAUGCAAGGAGUUCUAUUGUUCCAGGUGAUUCACACUGACCCACACAGGCAGAACCAGAUCUUCUCAUUUGCAAGCAGAGUCUGAAGCCACGCUAAGUGUAGGAUAGUUAGCUGCAAAUUAUUUAUAAUGUGUUUAAACAAAUUUAGCCCUAAUUUAACUGUGCAUAUAAGAAGUGUAUAUAUUGUAUAUGUCAAAUGUAGAACAUGUUAUUUUUUAUAUUACGGUAAUUUUCGUUGAAUUGGGGUCCAACAGAAGGGUUUUGGUUUGUGUUUGCUGUCUCUUUGCUCUUGUAAUUUACAAGAGGUUUAGAAAGCAAACCCUUACAGUAUUUAGUGACGAUGUUUCUUUAUAGUACCGCCCCCUCUCCUGAGUUAUUUGGCCCUGUAUGUGGCACUGCAGGGGUGUAAAUUCUUUUACGCCUAUGUAACCUAUAGGUUUUAUUUAUAGAUCAGACUAGCAGAAAAAAUUGCUGGAAUGGCAAUAGAUUGUGUCUCGGAUGUAUGUUUUAGAUACUAUAAAUCACUUGUUUGAUAUUUCUAAAAGACUGACACAUUUUUGUGAAUAAAAAAAAAUAUAGAGCA